AUUUCAAUGGUCCCAAACCUCAUGUGAGACCCUUAAGUGUGGUGUCGAUGAGCCCCGAACCACUUCCUUAAAACCCAGUUAUAUAAUAAGGUCCAGGCAGCUGAUCAUCUCACUCAAGUCCUGAAUCAGAGUAAAGAAGCGUACAGUCUCAUUCUGAUUCCCAAUGCGGAUACUUUCCGCUCACCGUGCUGCACUUCUGUGCUUCUGGGUUUCAUUAAUAUUUGCUUCAAGCUACUGUUACGCAGAGGAAAAGGCAGCUGAGGUAGUUGGCAUCGGAGAAUGUGCAGAUUGUGCAGAGAAUAAAAUUAAGACUAGCCAGGCCUUUUCAGGGCUUCAUGUAACGAUUGAUUGCAAGACUGCAAAUGGAGAGUACGAAACAAGAGGUGUAGGAGGGCUUGAUGGAGAAGGGAAAUUCAAAGUAUCUCUCCCUCAUGAGAUUCUGGAAGAUGGAAAAUUGAAGGAAGAAUGCUAUGCACAGCUUCACAGUGCAUCAGCGACACCGUGCCCUGCCCACAAUGGGCUAGAGUCCUCCAAGAUAAUCUUCAAGACUCAAACCAAUGGAAAACUCACCUUUGCCCCUACUGGAAAGCUAAAAUUUUCACCAGUGACAUGCACAUCAGCCUUCCUGUGGCCUCACUACAAGUACCCACCACUGUCCAAAUUUCCACCUUUUAAGUUGCCUCCCAAAGUUCACCCACUGCACAAGCCCUUGCCCAAGUUCCCCCUUCCUGAUGGCCAUUCAUUCUCUUUCCCUCCAAAGUACUUCCCCCCAAAAUUCAAGAAACCUCUUCCACCACCAGUGCCAAUAUACAAACCAAAACCACCUGUUCCAAUUUACAAACCAAAACCACCUGUUCCAAUUUACAAACCAAUACCACCUGUUCCAAUUUACAAACCAAAACCACCUGUUCCAAUUUACAAACCAAUACCACCUGUUCCAAUUUACAAACCAAAACCACCUGUUCCAAUCUACAAACCAAAACCACCAUUCUUCAAACAUCCAAUCCCAAAGAUCCUCCCACAACCAUUGCCUUUUCAUAAAAAGCCAUUCCCGCCUUCAAUUCCAAUUUACAAAUCAAAACCACCAUUUCAUAAAACUCUUCCUCCAUUCCCAAAGAUCCCUCCAAUUCACAAAAAACCAUUCCCACCCAUUACCAAAGAUCUUCCCAAGCUUCCUCCAAAGACCUUCCACCACCCCAAGCUUGGAUACUUCCCCCCACUGCCCCCAUAUUCUCUGCAUCCUUAGGUUGCCAUCCUUAUUCUCACUGUCCUUUAAAUGAAUGUUGUAGUGAAAGCAUUAUUUGAAAUUUUAUUAUGGUAAUAAAUCCUUCGUUGAAGUAUAAAUAGAAAGCGAUAUCAAAAGCAUGAAAGAGUGGGGCAGGCAGAAAGCAAAUCAACGUUAAGUGCUUCUAUUUAUGAAAUGAAGGUGGAUUUGUGUGGAUUUUCUCCUUAUAUUUUCAAUUUGGAACGUUGUAAAUUUACAAAGAGAUGUCUAAUAAAUAAAUAUCAGAUGUCUAAUAUAUAAAUAUCAGUUCUAUCUUUUUAUGCA